GAGCCCUGGGUGAGGAGAAGAGGGGAGGAGGAGGAGGAGGAGGAGGAGGAGGAGGAGGAGCGGAGAAUGAGCUAUUCUUGUACGGGCAGAGGCAGCAGCCAGGACCCGCCGACCGCUAAGAAGGCUGCCGGUGAUAAUCCGGGCAGAGACACCGGAGGCACAGGCAGCGGCAGCCCGCAGAACACGGCGGCGAUGAGAGUGAAGAAGGGCUGCAACGCGACCGACGCGGGGGUCCCGGUGACCACGGAGGAGGACCUGCUCGGCGGCGCGGGGGUCACUCCGGAGGAUGUUCUGGGCUUGCAGAAGAUCACGCAGAAUUAUCUUUGCAGCCCAGACGAGAACAUUUUCAACAUCGACUUCACCAGGUUCAGGAUCAGAGACAUGGAGUCGGCCACGGUGCUGUUUGAAAUCACCAAACCUCCAGCCGCAGACAAAGCAGGAGAGAAGAGGAGUGUUGACCCAAACGCUGGCCGAUUUGUCCGUUACCAGUUCACCCCGGCUUUUCUCCGGCUGCGCCAAGUUGGAGCCACUGUUGAGUUCACCGUUGGAGACAUGCCGAUAGAAAACUUCCGGAUGAUUGAGAGACAUUAUUUCAGAGAGAAGUUGCUCAAGAGCUUCGACUUUGAGUUUGGCUUCUGCAUGCCCAGCAGCAAAAACACCUGUGAACACAUCUACGAGUUUCCACCUCUGUCUGAAGACAUCAUCAGAGAGAUGGUCUUGCACCCGUACGAGACGCAGUCCGACAGCUUCUACUUUGUGGACAAUAAGCUGGUGAUGCACAACAAGGCGGACUACUCGUACAACGGCGGGACGUAGAGAGCACACGUCGACUCGGGAGACGGGCGGAUGCACGAGUGCAUGGCGUUAACAUCCCGUCGAUCCAGCUGCCGCUCGCACCUUUAUCCUCCUUUCUUCUCGUAUCUCUUUCUCCUGCCGAGAGAGCGCCAUCCAGAAAACAGCCGCACACACGUGUCAGUCACAAACUGAUUGUGCGCUUGUGUGUGUGUGUUUGUGUGUGUGUGUGUGUGUUCACAGCAUGGCGUGGGUUUUUUUUUUUUGGUCACAUGAUAAACCAGCAAGCAACUCAUGAGAUGAUUUUUUUGCUCUCCAGCCCAAACGUGUGAUGUGAAAAAAAAUCAAAAACCUCUAUCUUGAAAUAUUAAGACUUUCAUUCAUAUUGCUGUGUUUUAGGGUUUUGGAACAAAUAUUUGCAUUUAAACAUGUGAUUUCUAAGGACUUCAAUUUUUCCUCUCCGUUUCAGUAGGUGAGCUUUUUGGAGUGUCUGUGUGUAUUUUGUGUAACUGUCUGUCAGGGUGAAGCAUGAUUAAUGGUCUGGUAAGAAUAUAUUAACUUAAACGUCAAUAAUGUGGUCACUUGGUUUCUAUUAAAGGUUAAAUAGAUUUUGAAACCUGUUCAUCAGACCUGUUUUCUUUACUCCUUUUAUUUUGGUUUUGAGUUGUGUGGCGUGUGUUACUUGUAGAGCGUAUUUGUUUAUUGUCUUUGCUCAAAGCACAACAUGUCUACAGAACACACUUGUGAAAAUGAGCUAAUCUGAUAUGACCCUGUAGGUACUUGUCAUGUACUAGUUUUACUUUACCACCCUGAUGUUGCUUUGUUUGGGUCAUAAAGAACUUGUUAAACAUUUUGUUAGGUUGAAGUUGUUGUUUGGAAGCAUAUUAUAAAAGAACAGAAGGAACAUUUAAUUUUUCAAUCUUGAUAUGUUUUAAUCAGAUUUGUGUUGUACAACAAAGGAAAAAGAUGGGAAUGUAGCAGAAAUACGCCUAAAAUCUCAUAUAUUUCUGUUUGUAUGAAAUCUAAUGUCUGUUUCUCCAUCUGUCGGUCUCAUUUCUCUUCUGUCCAUUUCUUGUUCCUUUCAUUUCUGCCUCUCGCACAUGUCCGUCUCUCCUUUUUUUAAACACAUUCUAGUAAGUUAGGACCUGAGUGUUGAUCUGUUAUUUGAGGGAAUCUACUACGCAGAGAGUCUUUGGAUUGUACUGUGCACACUUGGCGUUCUCUCUGACUAUACAGAGACACAACAGGACUCAAAAAGGGUACAAAUAGAUAUUUUAAUUCAGCAUAUACUUUUCUAUUUGAAGCACAUCAAAAUAGAUUUGGUGUUUUUUAGUGCUCCAGCAGUAAAAUCCACCCGUCUACAAAAGCUAUUUUUGCAAAUAUUAGAUGAGUCAGGACGUAACUUACACAUAUGCACCCGUUGUGUUUUAAGGUCAACACAGGAGAAUGGUAAGAAUGCAUCCAUCAGAUCUGACUUUGUAUUAGUCUGCACAAGUUGAUGAUUGUCAGUUAAAGGAAAUUAUUUAAUGGAAAUAAUUGGACAGACAUGACAAGCUCAAAUUGGUUAACCUUGAGUUGAAUGGUAUCAAAAAAUGUAACAUAAGUAGAGCAGAUUUAUUUUUGAUUGAUUGUUACUCAUGUAGAAAUGGUUUUGAACUUGUUCUUGACCUUUCAAAUGUUGGUAUGAAUGAACAAAAAUAAAGAUUCACGGAGCUUUUAACAAUA